CCGAACCAAUCAACGGCGGCGGUGUUUGGAGGCGGCGGUGUGCGGAGGCGCCGGUGUGCGGAGGCGCCGGUGUGAGGGGGGAGCGGCGCGGCUGCAGCCAUGCUUCGCCGCCAGGCCCGAGAGCGCCGUGAAUACCUGCAGCGCCGGGCGCAGGAGGAGCGGCUGCGGCGGCAGCAGGACAAGAAGGAGCAGCUGCGACAGGCCCUGGAUGAGAACCGACUGCUGCCCACUGAGCUGAGGCGCCAGGCACUGGCCUUGCAGAAGGAGCUGGAGUUUGAGACUCCAGGGGAAAGUGGUGUGACAGGCAGCCAGGACGAUGAGUACCGGUGGGCUGGGCUGGAGCCCCCCAAGGUGAUGGUGACAACCUCACGCGACCCCAGUGCCCGCCUCCGUGUCUUUGCCAAGGAGCUGUGCCUGGUGAUCCCAGGGGCAAGGCGGCUGAACCGGGGCCGGGCAGAGGUGGGGGCCCUGGUGAGUGCGUGCCGGGCGGCUGGUGUCACUGACCUGCUGGUGCUGCACGAGACCCGUGGAUGUCCUGAUGGACUGGUGCUGUGCCACCUGCCCCACGGCCCUACAGCCCACUUCACACUGAGCGGGGCUGUGCUGAGGCAUGAGGUGGGGGGUCUUGGUGGUGCUCCCCUAGGAGCACCACACGUCUUGCUACACCAACUGGACAGCGCGCUGGGACGUCGGGUGGGUACCAUCCUCAAGCACCUCUUCCCUGUCCCCCGGCCCCAGACCCGCCGUGUAGUGACUUUUGCCAAUGAAGAUGACGUCAUCCUUGUCCGGAACCAUGUUUACCGGCGCCAGGGGAAGACAGUGGAGCUAGAGGAGGUGGGACCCCGCUUCCAACUACGCCAUCCCUGUGUCUCACCAUGUUCCCCAUACCCAUGUCCUUUCUUGUGGCCAUAUUCCCAUGUUUCCCAUGUAACCCCAUGUUGCCAUUGUGUUCCCAUUUCCCCAUCUUGUCCCUCAUCACCUAUGUCGCCAUAUCCCCAUGUUUUCCAUGUUCCUUCAUGUCCACACUAUGUCCCCUAUGUCCCUAGUGUGUCCCUGUGCCCCAACCUGUGUCGCCCAUAUCCCUGUCUUUUCCACAUCUCCAUCCUGUGUCCCCAUGCCACAACAGGUUCCAUUAUGGCCCUUCUGUUCCCACUGUGUCCUUAUAUCCCCAACAUAUCCUUUGCGUUCCCAUGUCAUCGGCGUGUUCCUAUUAUGUCCACCAUGUCCCUAGUGUGUCCUUGUGUCCUCAGCGUGUACCUGUGUCCCCCACAUUGCUAGAUCCCUUUGUUUCCCAUGUAUUAGUGUAUUGCCAUCAUGUCACUCGGGUGCUCAUGUUACCCCCAUGUCUCUGUUGUGUUCUCAUGUCCCCCAUCAUGUCCUUCUCUUCCUUGUGUUCCCAACAUACCUCCAUGUCCCCAGUGUCCCCAUUGUGUCUCUAUGUCCCUGUUGUGUGCUAUGUGUCCCCAUCAUGUCUCCCAUGU